UUCCCUCACUGUUGCUACAGCAAGGGCCACCCUCUGGUGAGUUUUUGUUCUCCCUUGUGGAUUCAGUCAAACUCUUGUGUACUGACACCUUGUUGCAUUAAGAUUGUGGCAGACUGUGAUGUUAAAAGGUGCAUUAGAGCCCUGAAACUUUUAAUAUGGGUCCCUGGAUGUGCUGUUGGAUUUUAUGCAUUUCUCCUGUACUAACUACUCAGUCGUUCGUCUUGAAUCAGUCUCCAGGACUCACACUCGUCUCAGUCCGUGGUUCUGUAGAGUUAAGAUGUAUAUUUGAGCAGACUCUUAGGUACUGCUAUACCUCUGCUGCAUGGAAAAAGAUGAAUCUACGGACUGGAAAACUCACGACAGUGAAGACUAACUAUGAGAAUAAUGUCCUUCAGUCUGAUGGUAAAACCUGUGUUUUGACUCUCAAACACGUAACCAAGACAGAUUCAGGCAUGUACUAUUGCAUGAGCAGUUUUAAUGAAAUGGCUGUCGUUGGCAAUGGGACCAGGGUGAUCGUAAAAGAUCAGUCUGAACCAGAACUCUCCAUCUUAUACACACCACAUGAACCUGACUCGUCAUCGGUAUCACUGCAGUGUCUCGUGACUGGACUUGUCCCGUCUCAGGUGCGUGUGUUCUGGAUGAUUGGACAGAAUAAGCGUGCUGGAUGGACCGAGUCCGGCUGGACAGACGACACUGAUUCAGCCACAGAAUUCACACGAGCUCAUCUCUCUGUUCCUGCAGAGGAGUGGAAAGAAGCCGAUGAAAUUCACUGCUUGGCUGAAUAUGAUGGAAAGAACAUCUCCAAAACUCUGAACCGAAGCGGACUGACUCAAAGGCCUCUGUGGAUUCUGUACUGUGGCUGCGGGGCAGUAUUGCUGAUUGUAGCCGUGGUCUUCUCUGUUUGUUCAUACCAAGGUAAAGAUUUAAAUCAGUCUGAGAAACUGGUUAAUAGCUAUCGAGUCCACUAA